CAGUUAACUCGCAUAUCCAGCCCCGCUAUCAAGUACCUACCUAUUAGCAUCAUGUGAUGUCGCGAUCAAUCGGCACAACAGGCAACACCGUAACAUAUACCUACAUCCUCCUCAUUGUGUACUGAUUAUUACACUUCUUCUCAUGGACUCAAAAGCUACACAUCCGCCAACUUACGGCCUAGCCAUAAACGUCUACGGACGCGGUGACGCUACCCUUGGAGAUGGCCCCUCCCACGUUGGAAUAGUCAUCUACGAAAUAUCCUCUUCCACAUGCGAAAUUUACCACAUUCGCAAUCCAACAGAUGACGGUUUCAUCUAUGAUCCUCGGAUCCAGCCACUUGAAGACCCAGUACUAAGAGGCCGCUGCGAGCUUGGUUUAUUAUCGCAAGAACAAAAGGAACGAACAACCCAGUUACUCUCCGCGUUCGGGAAAGAUGAAUCGAAUAUUCCCGAAUGGGGAGUGGGAAACUGUCAGGAUUGGGUUGCUGGUGCUGUGGCGAUGUUGGAUAGAGAGGGUCUGGUGAAUCGAGGGGAGGGCGAGUUUUGGAGGAGUAUGAUCAAUCGAAGCGCUGAUGAGAUGAAAGAGUCUUGUCUUCGUACGGGUAGGAAGUGGAUAGUAGGAUCGGAGGCUACAUUUGAGGGAGUCCCUGAUGCCAGAUUCUCGGAUAAGGAAGAUCCUACCAAGUCUGUUGGGAAGUUGAUGCAUAACUCGGCAUUUCAGGAUCGCAUACGAUCACUCUUGGGCAAUGCAAAGGAUACCGGAGCUUCGACUGCUGAAGACACUCCCCAGGAGCGGCCCUUCUACGUUUCAAGUCCGUUCUUUAGCUUUACUUCUGAAAGUAAUGGCAAAGCGUCGUGACUACGUGAUGGCAAACAUUGCGGCUGAGUUGUGCCGAAUCCCGUUUCAGAGAGAUGUAGUUUGUAUCGGGAGUUAGGUGCUCAAUAGAUAGCUCAAGAACGCUAUAAAUUGUGGCCGAAUAGCACAUAAUUGAAAUAAUGCAUGUUCAUUGACGUUUCCCAUAUGUCCAUUUUAUCCCUGGGCACAUCACUGUAUCACUCGCAUUGUAUGAGAUAGCCAAUUAGCGGUAAUAAUGGAAGCAGAAAUAGUAAGUGCAGGAAGUGUUGUCAAUUAAAAGAAGAAAAUGGGUGCAACAACACAUUAACCCAAGAUGGGACUUCUCGCCGUAU